AUGUGGUGGGGGAAAUCGAAAGACCCCAAGCCGGAGGAGAAGAGCGAGGUUGCUCAGAUCAAAGACAAGGUCGCCGAGAAGCUCCCUACGAAAGAGAAGCUUCCGACGAAAGAGCAACUUCAUCACGGAAUCCAGGACGCUGUUAAUCAAACCGGCAAGAACGGAAAUGUCUUCGAUGACAUAACAGAGGGCUACGGUCCCGAUUCAACAGACACCAACCUUCGAUAUGCGGCCUAUGCCACGCGAAUCCGCACGAUUCUCCUCUCUGCGCACCGAUACGUCGCUUACACAAGUGAAAUCGGUGAAUCCUUCCGACCCGUAGCUCACCCUGGCCUCGUUCGGGGUGCAUACGCUGUCUCUUGGCUGUAUCUUAUCGGCGAUGUCUCAUACGAAGGUUACAAGUCAUACUGGCAUAACCAGCGAAUCUUGAACCCCAAGUUGCAGCUCACCCCUCAUCAAGAGAAGGUUACUGGCCUUCCCGCCGUUGAGACGAGAGCGAUCGCACCUGGAAUGGUGGCACCUUUGGAGGAUUGGCGCACCGUCAUGAUCCAGCGCGGAAUUUUCCAGAGCAUUGCGAGUAUGGGACUGCCUGCUUACACGAUUCACACCGUUGUGAGAUAUUCAGGCCGAGCCAUGAAGAAUAUGAAGAACAAGACUAUUCGCACAUGGGGGCCUGUCGGCUUGGGUCUCGCGGUAGUCCCCUUCCUCCCAGCUAUGUUCGAUGAGCCUGUCGAGAAUGCGGUUGAGUGGGCGUUCCACAAGGGAUUCGAGACCUUCGGAGGAAAAGCUGCUGUUGGAAAUGCGCCCAUGACGGGUCGCGAAGACCUGUUGGCGAAGAGGCCCAAGGAGAAGGAGCUCUAG